CAAUUUAAUUGUAAUGAUAUUGCUGAUGUGGUAAUUUUGCAAUGAUAUUGUUGAUGUGAUUAUAUUGGUAGUAAGUACUGUGAUUAAUUAGUUUACUGUUAAUUAAUAACAGUCCAUGGCCUUUUGAAGUGAAUUUAGUCCAUCCAAAAUUCACUCGUUCAUCGUCAGGUAUACCAUUAUUAUAUAUAUGCACAAAAUCAAUACAAACCGUGCGAAUAACUUCUUCCUCUAAGUACAAUAAACAAAAUAGCGUUUUGAAAACAAAUCACAUAUUACUUUUAAGAAAUAUGUUCAUUUUACAAUAAUAUUUUAAAAUUUGUGUACAAGAAGAUACGAAGAGUUUGCCAGGGUAUCAAAGAUUACGAAACUCAAACAUCGUCAGUGAUUGGUUGCUAUAAAUAACUCGUGUCGUAAUCGGUAUAUAAACUACGAGCAAGAGAUGUUUAUUUUCAGUCAUGACUGAAAUCGUAUCCUGUGGAAAUGUAUAAAAUAUUAUUUGCAAUGGGCUUCCUUCAUUAUUGUGAAGCUUAUAGUUGACAUUGAAUGUUAAAACAUAGCAUCAAGUUGAUAAAGAGAGGAGAGACAAAAUGCCUUCAAAAUCAAAAUCGUGUGCUGCUUCUGGAAAUCUUGAUGUUAAUGUGAAGCUUUCAAAAUCAGGAAGAACAACCAACUUUCACUUACCUCCUAAUAAAACGAUUGAAGAUGUCUGUAAGCAGGUUGCUGAUGAAGAGAAGGUAUCUGCCAAACAAAUUAUUAUCAAGUAUACUGGCAAGAUAUUAAACAGAUUUCAUACACUCAGCUUCCUCGGUGUUCGACCUGAAACAGUUCUAAAAGCAGAGGUGGUUACAGUAGAGAAGUACAACAUAUAUGUUCAGAAGGAGAAUGGUGAAACCUUCCCAAUGUGUAUUGAGAAUAUAAGUACCAUUCAAGAAGUCAAGAGUAUGUUAGCUGAAAGGUUGGAAGUUGGAUUAUCAAAUAGUGUUGAGAUAGAGCUAAAGGGUAAGAAGAUAAUAGGGAAGGAGAGCCAGUCAGCAAUCUCAUUGGGAUUGGAUGAUGAAGCUUUGGUGAAGGUGAAAGUGGUUAAACGACCAGAAGCAGCAGCAUCAAAUAAUGUUGAGGAAGAGGAUGAGCAACUGGAUGAAGCUACUCUACAGGAGCUGUUGAGUAGUUUUGUUGUAGAGGCAGGGAACAAUGUUGAGGUAGUGUUCUCAUUUGACACCACCGGCAGCAUGUCUGCCUGCUUGGACCAGGUCCGUUCAAAGGUUGAGGAAACAACAAGCCGUCUGCUUCGAGAUAUUCCCAAUAUCAGGAUCGGCAUUAUGGCACAUGGGGAUUAUUGUGAUCAAAGCACUUAUGUGUUAAGAACGUGUGAUCUGACAGACAGCCGGCGUAAGCUCAUUCGAUUCAUUAAUGACGUCCCAUCGACUGGUGGAGGUGAUUCUCCAGAGUGUUAUGAAUGGGUGUUGAAGAAAGCACAAGAGUUAAGCUGGACCGAAGGAUCUGCCCGAGCCUUGGUGAUGAUAGGGGAUGAUGUGCCCCACCCUCCAUCUUACACAGAUCAACAUAUCAACUGGCAUACAGAGCUUGAUAGAUUAAGAGAUAUGAACAUCAAGGUGUACGGUGUGCAAGCCAUGCACGGCUCUACCUCUAAUUUAUUCUAUGAGGAGCUGGCGGAGCGAACAGCUGGUACCUAUUUGAAAUUUACGCAGUUCAGUUAUAUAACGGACAUGUUCCUUGCAGUUUGCUACCGUGAGUCUUCAGAUGAAAAGCUUCAAGCUUACUGUGAGGAAGUGAAGAAUGAUGGAAGAAUGACAGAAGAACUCAGCAGCAUGUUUGUUAAACUAGAAGAAAAACCAACAGCUCCCCCUGUAGAAAGCAAUAAUGAAAGGUAUGUUGCUAGGCCAUGGUGGGAUCCAAGUCUUGAUAAUGGUCAACCUCAAUAUACUUAUGAUGAGGCAAAGGACAAAUGGUCAACGUUUGAGAGUGAAAGUUGUUAUACAUCCAGUGUUGCACCUAAUAAUGGACGGAAAUUUCUCUCUUUCCGAAGAAGCAAACGUAGCAAUACAAGAGCGUCUGGGUCAAAGUCCAAGGGAAUGUGUGGUAUCAUGUAAUAAUUUCAACCUGCUUGUUGUAGGUAGAUACUAGGGGAGCUUUUGAUUGCACAAUGAUUGCAGGAUGUAGAACAUAAUAACCACGGAAAUUCAUCUGCAAAUGCGAAAACGUUGAGUUCUUGAGGUCGUAUGGAUUCUAGGAUGCAAUUUAAUCAAAUCUAUGUUGUGCAGAGGAUGUAGGACAUUCGUGCAUGAGUGAAUCCAUUCAAGCAUUGCAUAAUUGCGUAAAUCGUAAGCUCCCUAGUACUGGAAUUCAUAGAACUUAAUGUUAUAAACUGAAAUUGAUUCAGAUUUAACAUGGUUUGUAAUAUGUUUUGCAUGCUUCAAUUUAUACUUGAAGAGAAAACAAAAUUGUUUUUUUGUAUGAAUACAUAAAAUAUAUGUGUGAAAAAUAUAUAUAUAUAUAUAUGUUCCAGCUAAAUUAUUUUGGAAACUAGAAGGACUUGGUGUCACAUUUGUUGACCUUUCAAUUUUUUUUUCCACUGGUUUAAAGCUUUGUCCAGAUUAUCAAAUUUUAAUUGACAAAAAACUGUAUUGAUGUCCGUAUAUAUUCAUGAUGUGUUCAGUUUAGUUCAGUAUUUAUUUCACAAAUUAAUAAAAUAUAAAUAAUGAAACAAAAAAAAAACAAUUUGUUGUGAAACCAAUAAAUGAGCUAGGCUUGUACAACUAAUUGGCCACCUUUACAAUGAAAAAAUAAAAUUCAAUAAAAUAUAUAUUUUUAAAUCAAAAUAAUUAAUAAAAAAUAAAGUAAAAAUGUUAAAAGAAGUGCAGGACAAAGACAAAAAGUACAGACAGCUCGGAACAAACAUCAAACAGCCAAGCCAGUAUAGAAAAUGUGUGUCAUCAUGACCAUAUUUAGGCUUGUCACAUGCGUUUGUGAAAUAAAAUUUGAGAGUCUGGCCAGGGCUUUAGUAUUGUGCAUGGUAGAACAAUUUGGAUAAACAUAAUCAGGAUGGUUUUGUUAUGGAGGCAUUAACAGCGUAACUAAUUCAUGAAUUAUUUUUUACUCUAAGGUUCAUUUUUGUAACAUUUUUAGGAACAGAGGAAGUUUUAUAACUUUCAGCUAUCUAGUCUUUUUUCUUUUUUUUUGGAACUUACCUAAAACAUGUAAGAGAGCACUAGCACUCUUUUGGGUCAAAUUUAUAUAUUUAUUCCUAUAUAUUUAUUUAUUCAUUUUAUAUUUGUU